AGCGACAUCAUCAAGAUCAUCUUCGCCGUCCUCCUACCGCCUCUGGGUGUGUUUCUCGAGCGAGGUUGCAAUGCCGACCUCCUCAUCAACAUCCUGUUGACGAUUCUGGGUUACAUUCCGGGUAUCAUCCACGCCCUAUACAUUAUAUUCAAAUUCUAG